AUUGCGGUUGCCAUAUCAGCGACAUGCAUUAACUCUUGUAGUAUUCUUGUUUUUUCAGGAUGGUUCGCUCUAUCCGUAUUUGGCUAGGUGAAUGGAAGAAAAACGGAAACGAAGAAUGGGAUUUCAUAGUCGACCCUGAAGAUUAUGGAUAUGGGUUGUUGAUUAGCAAGACAGCCACCUUUGAUAUGCUCGACCAGAUCGUAAGGCGCCGUUACAGCCUAAGUCAACGGACUCCGGUGGUUGUGACGUACCGUCUGCCUAGCUGGAUGCUCGUGCCACUGGGUAACAAGACACCACCAACAACGAUCGCUAACACGUCUGAUCUCUCCUUGAUCCUUAACGUGAGAACCUGGUUGGAGGAUCUAGCAAUCCUUGUAACAGUGGGGCCUAAAGGAGUGGCUGAGUACCAUUUCCUGUGUCGAACAAGUUUCAACAUUGGUGCAACCUCGUAUGUUUUUGACAUGACUGCCACUGAAAACUCAAGGGCUGCGUAUGAAAGUCUUGUGUUUGGUGAUCGUGCAGCCCAAACUGAACGGGUGAUGAACGCGAUAUUCCCUGAGGAAGCGAUGCUUCUUUUUCAUCGAGUGUCUUUGGAGAUGGCGCACGCUGACUGUUACCGUGCAAAUCGUAACCACAACACAGCUCCGGUGAGAGAAAUCAUUGAACUUGACAACGACGAUGAUGAAGUAAUGAUGGAAGGAACUCUCGAGGAUGUUGUGCAAGGUUGGUUUUAUCAACUUUGAUUGAGUAUGUGGAAAAGAAAUUAGUACAAACACGUUUAAUGCUUAGCAUAUCUGAUGAGACUGGAAGUGUUAAACUUGGCUAACAAGAAAACGUAAAACUGUUAGCCUGAUAAAUAAGAAGUUUUAUAGCAAAACUACUAAUCGCUAAAUAUCACUGUGAUGCAGGGAUAACAGGGAGGACAUCCGUAAUGCCAGAACAAAUCACGCAAGCCCAAGCACCGUCUGUGUUUUGGGAUGUGGGAAUGGACUUGUUGAACUACCCUACACAUGGUCCCACCGAAGGAAUCACUGGUGAAGGGGUUGAGAAUACUAUGCGUUUUUGGCAAGAUGUUGCAAAUGAGGGGUUUGCUUGUCCAGAAGGUUUACAUGUCAAUGACCCACCGGGAAAUCAAAACAUGGGUGUGGGUGAGCCAAACGCAGCAACGGAUGAUAAUGGCGGUGGCUCAUCAACAGGAUCGACACAUGCCCCGCUUGUGCCGACAUAUAUAGGUGAACAAGUGCGUACAAAUGAAAUGGUAGAGGAACCGAGUGCGAUUCAACUAGGGGAGUCUGCAUGCAUCCUCCCAACGAACACAGGUACGGGAUGCUUUACGUUGAAAAAACAGUUUUUAUGAUAUGGCGGACAAAUUGUAAACAAUUUUUAAUACAUUAAUGUGAAAACAGAGAAGAGGGCUGGUAAAGCAUUGGAAAAGACGCCAACAGAAUUCGCUGAAGGGAGCAAGGCUACCAUACAUGGUGGACGUGAAAAGAAGGGUGGUCAGAGGGCAGAGCAAACUUCAUCGGAAGGGAGUAGCACCGAGGGUGGGUGUCUUUAAAAUGUUUUGUUGGGGAAAGGAAAAGGGGUUUGCAAGUUGGAUUACCUUGUUGUCGCGUGUAUUGUCUGUGGUUGAUGGUGGUGUUUAUGUUUUGGGUGGAUAAUGUUUAAUUUGGUUUGUAUGUUGUUUCUUUUAGACUGCUAAGUCAUAAGUAGACGUUGUUGUAUUUAUGUUAUCGCGCUAAAUGAAAAACCCUCUAG